AUGAGCCGCGCCGCGUUGCGGGUCACCCUCCUGCUCCUGGCCGCCCUGGGCCGCCCCGGCGCCGGCAGCGAGCACGACGAAGAGCACGGCGGACAGGACGCCCCGAGCUCCCGGGAGAAAGGUCCUGGCCACAGUCACUGGAGCUAUGAAGACCGGGAGCACUGGGGUGUGGACUACCCAGACUGCGCGGGCACCAUGCAGUCGCCCAUCAACAUUGACACAGCCAAGACCAUCUUCAGCCCCCAGCUGCGGCCGAUCCAGCUCUCUGGAUACAGCCUGCCUGCCAAUGAGAAGCUCAGGCUGAGGAACAAUGGGCACACAGUUCUCCUCGAGCUGCCCGAGUCACUGGCCAUCACUGGCGGCUAUGCCCAGCAGUAUCGAGCCGUGCAGCUGCACCUGCACUGGGGAUCCCCAUCAGGACCUGGCUCGGAGCACACCGUCAAUGGGCACCGCUUUGCGGCAGAGAUCCACGUCGUCCACUACAACACCAAGUAUGACAGCUUUAAGGAGGCAAUGGUCCAUCCAGAUGGCCUGGCCGUAUUGGGAGCCUUCCUGGAGGUCGGGCCAAGGGAGAACCCUUACUAUCAGGAAAUACUUGAGCAUCUGUACAAAAUCCAAAGAGAAGGUGAGGAAGUCUUGGUGCCUGGAUUCAACAUUGCGGGUCUGCUGCCUGCCAACCUGAAACUGUACUUCCACUACAAUGGCUCUCUGACCACCCCUCCCUGCUACCAGACGGUGAAGUGGACAGUCUUCAACCAGACCAUGCUGCUCUCUCCUGACCAGAUGUCAACGCUGGUGAUGAGCCUGAGAAAUGACGACAGCAAACCUCUGCAGAACAAUUACCGGAUGAUGCAGGACCUGCACAGGCGACGGGUGCUGUCAAGUUUCCAGACCACCCUCUUUUCGGUGAAGCAGCUGCCUCCUGGUAGCGACAGCUCAGCAACAACAGAAGGACAAUCCAGCUCUUCAUUUCAUGCAGGCGACGUGCUGGCUGUGCUCUUUGGGGUGCUCUUUGCCGUCACAGCACUGGCCUUCCUGCUGUACAUCUACAAGCACCGCAGCCAAAAUGCACGGCUGGACUCACCAACCAAAUCCAAGGUCAUCUACACAGCAGCCACCACAGAGAACACUGCGUGAGCCCUGCGCCUCUGCAGCAGUCCCAG